AUGUCUUGGAUGAAUUCUGGCAGCAACCAGAAAUCUGAGACUGAAAUUGCUCAUCUCAUCAAGGGGGUAUUGCUACAGGAGGAUUUUAACACAAAGCACCUAGAAGACUUCUCAGUGAGGAAGAGCUUACAAGAGAUGGACAAUGACCCCAAAGGAAAUAAAAUUGAAUUUCUGUAUGACUGGAUGCAGGCUAGUGUCACUAUCUGGAUUCCAAUGAAAUUGAGGGAGGAUGAAGCUAGACCUUUUUCCAUUUCAGGGUUACAUUUUUGCCCCCUCAUCAAAGUGAUUCGGUUGGCUUUCAUGGACAUCCAAGCAGGUGCAUUUCAUCUUUCCCCUUUCAAGCAUCUAUGGAAGGACCCAUUGGAUAAUCACCAAGAGCGUAUUUACAACGAGCUCUAUACUUCUGACUCAUGGCUGGACACCCAAGAUGAGGUGCAGAAGCUCCCAAGGGAGCCCAGAUGCACACUGGAAUGGGUGGUUGCUGGUCUCAUGUUUUUCUUGGAUGCCACACAUCUUGCAGAUUUUGGAACUGCAAAGGCCUGGCCCCUCUAUAUGUACUUCAGAAAUCUGAUGAAGUACACUCACUCCACACCAAAGUCCAGUGCAUGUCACCUUGUGGGAUUUCUACUGUUGUGUCACUUUGAUGUUUGUGCAUCAGCUGCUGGAUAA